AUGGCUACAUGUCUGUCUAAUCAAAACAACACCUGCUCGUGCAAACCCAAUCUAGAAAGUCUGGUGCAUCAGUCUAAAGAACAACUGGAAGACAAUCAUUAUGAUGAUAUAUGGGCCAUCGACAAUGAUUACGAUGAUGGUCAAGAGAGCAUUCCUCGACGUAGACAGGAACAACUAGCGUACAAUGACGUGAUACGACAACAUCGCAAACAGGGGUAUAUUGAUGGCAUAACUGCUCACCGAGAAGAUCAACUACAGCGCGGUUUCGACGAUGCAUUCCCUAAAGGUGCUGAGUUGGGAGUCGAGGUAGGCAAAAUACUAGCUAGAUUAAGAUGCAAACAAGGCAGGAAGGCAAGAGUUGGAGAAACGAGAGGGGGAAAUAAUGGUGAUAACGGUGAUGAUAAUGAUGAUAAUGAUGAUGAUGAGUUCAAACGUGCAAUUAAUGACCUAUCGAUAUCUAAAGUACUAGAUCGACAAUAUUUCAAUGAUGAACUAAACCCGUUACCAACUCAUGAAUUGAUUGCAAAAUGGAAGAAACAAGAUUAG